AUGAAUAAAAUAUUAAGUACAUUUUACGAAAAUUAUAGAAAUACCCCAAGAAAUAUUAAAUUUGUAGAUAUUUAUAUUCUAAUUACACUUGUUAAUAUCCUUCUUUUAUAUAUGUAUGGAUAUUUUUCGUGUUCCUUUGAUGAAAAGAUAUCAGUUGCAGCUAUUUUCACAGCAUUAGGAAACUUGACAUUUUCAGUAGCACUUCGAGAACAAAUAUCUAAUAAAAGCCUUUUUAAUAUUAAGAGGGAAAAAAUAAUAUUCGAUUUUGUUCUGUGUUCCUUGGUGUUAUAUAUUGGAGUAUUUAGCUAUAUGCACUUGAAUUAA